AUGUUCAGAUUCACUAUCGACAAUUGGCUCAAUCCACACCUUCCUCCAAACCAAACACGUAAGCUCCCUCAGCCAUUCCGUCGUUUCUUAGGUGGUCAUACACCUAAACCAGUAGCAGACUAUUGGAUUUGGGUGGAGAUCUUCAUUGGCUCAUUCUGUGGAAUUUUAUUGUUAGAGGGAGUAUUGCGCUCUCACACAGCAUUAACAUCGCAUCAUGUCAAGGGCAUAAUCGCCAGUUACGGAGCCAGUGCCAUAUUGUGCUUUAAUGCCAAUGUGGGUCCUUUGGCUCAACCAAGAAACGUAUUGAUGGGCCAUUUCGUGGCUUCUAUCAUAGGCGUAGGUAUUCAAAGACUUUUUGCAUUAAGUGAAGGUGGUAGAGAUCACUUCUACGUAUCUGGUGCCCUCAGUGUGGCCGUACUGAGUGUGGUGAUGUCCAUUCUUAAUUGUGUACAUCCACCGGCUGGAGCUUCAGCGCUUCUUCCUUCUGUCGACCCCGGAGUGCGUGCAAUGGGCUGGUGGUAUUUGCCUGUUCAGUUAAUCUCGUCUGUGCUCAUCAUUGGUGCCGCUUCUAUCACGGGAAACAUAAUCAGAGUGUAUCCGACAUUCUGGUGGACUCCAGGUAAGGUGGGCCGACCACCAAAGGAGGAGGAGAAGCUUGAACCGUUAGAGAAAAUCCCAACCACGCAGUCUGAGUUAUAUAGAAGAGAAAAGGAGGAGAGGUAUGGAGUGACGUUCACUGCUGGAAAAACGAUAGAAAUCACCAGCAACGAGAUUUUGGUUCCUCGUGGAAUUCAAUUCGACGAAUUGGCAUACGAUUGGUUGGAGACGUUACAGAGAGAAUUGAAGGAUUGA